AUGCCCACACCUUCCAAUACCACGGAAAGCUGGGACAAGCGGGCCUGUACCACUGAAAAGCUGGUCGUCGCGCAUCAUAUGGUCGGCUAUACCUACGCGUAUACCGAAUCUGACUGGGCCUCUGAUAUUGCCGAAGCCGCCGCGCAAGGCCUGGAUGGAUUCGUCCUCAAUAUGGGCGUAGACGACUGGCAGCCCGCACGCAUCGCGGACGCCUUCACUGCCGCGGAAGCCAGCAGCACCGGUUUCAAGCUCAUGAUCUCCCUCGACGUCUCUUCUUUGACUUGUGCUACCUCCUCCGACGUCACCAACCUCCGUGCCCUCGCCACCGCGCAUUCGACGUCGGCGGCGUAUUUGACGAUGUGCACGGACGGGACGGCGUUGCCGAUGUUGAGUACGUUCGAUGGUGAGAAUUGCGGGUUCGGAGAGGCGGGGUGGAAUACGGUUGCUAGUGGAUUUUAUUUUGCACCUGGCUUCUUUGAUAUUUCGUCGACGGGCUGGCCAACAUGGGAUAUUGUGAACGCUGCUUUCAACUGGAACUCCGCGUGGCCCUUGACGGAUACCGAUAUCUCGUUCGAUUCCGAUACGACUUGGAUUGGAGACACGCCCAGCGGUAAGGGCUAUGUCGCGGCUGCUUCCCCGUGGUUCUACACUCACUAUGGCGUGGACACUUACAACAAGAAUUGGAUCUACCGUCCGGAUGACUGGCUGCUUGCGAACCGUUGGGAAGAACUUGUCACUAACCGUGACUUAGUCGAUAUGGUGGAAGUUGUUACCUGGAACGAUUACUCUGAGUCUUCGUACGUCACCGGCAUCAAAGGGUCUCUUCCCCUGAAUAGCGACGAGUGGGUCACUGGUUACGACCAUACCAGUUGGUUAAAGAUGAUGUCGUACUACAUCACCGCCUACAAGACCGGCACUUACCCCGCCAUCACCAAGGAUGAGAUUUAUCUUUGGGGAAGACUGUAUCCCAAGGCUGCCGUCGCAACUCUCGACACUGUUCCCAUUCCCACUAACGCCGACUGGACCACCGACACCCUUUGGGCCGUCAUCUUCGCCGAAUCUUCCGGCUCCGCUACCAUCAGCUGCGGCUCCCAAACGACCUCAGCCAACCUCAGCGCUGGAGUAAACAAGCUCUCGCUCCCGCUGACCACGACUUGUCAGGUCGAGGCAACGAUCUCGAGGAACGGGGCCGUGGUGACGACCUUCACUCCGACCGGAAUGGAGUUCACGACGGUCGCACCGGCGUAUUUGAAUUUCAAUGCGUUUGUGGCGUCGAAUGUUUGA